AUGUACGUUCGACGCACCCGUCGCACCCUCUUACGCCCAUCAAACUACCUCCCGCCGUCGCCCUACUGCCCGUCGCUCUCCCUAGCGCUCGUCGCACUCACUUCCGCCGUCGCCCUCCCUUCCGCCGUCACCUUCCCUUCCGCCCGUCGCACGCACUUCCGCCGUCGCCAUGCCUUCCGCCCGUCACCCUCCCUUCCGCCGUCGCCAUCCCUUCCGCCCGUCACCUUCCCUUCCGCCCGUCGCACGUACUUCCGCCGUCGCACGUACUUCCGCCGUCGCCCUCCCUUCCGCCGUCACCUUCCCUUCCGCCCGUCGCACUCACUUCCGCCGUCGCCAUGCCUUCCGCCCGUCACCCUCCCUUCCGCCGUCGCCAUCUCUUCCGCCCGUCACCCUCCCUUCCGCCGUCGCCAUCCCUCCCGCCCGUCACCUUCCCUUCCGCCCGUCGCACUCACUUCCGCCGUCGCCCUCCCUUCCGCCGUCACCUUCCCUUCCGCCCGUCGCACUCACUUCCGCCGUCGCCAUCCCUUCCGCCCGUCACCCUCCCUUCCGCCGUCGCCAUCCCUUUCGCCCGUUGCCCCCCUUUGUCUCGUCGCGCUCCCUGCUGCUCAUCGCCCUCCCUCCGGCUCGUCCCCUCGCAAUCCCCGUAUCUCUCUCCCCUCGUCGCCCUGGCUUUCCCGUCACUGCUUCCCCCGUGUCCCUUCUCUGCUUCCCCCCAUGUCCCCCCCCUUCCCUGCUUUCCCCCAUCCCCCUUUGUGCUUCCCCAUGUCCCUUUCCCUAAUUCCCCCCAUCCCCUUCCCUUCUUCCCCCCAUCCACUUCCGUUUUAUUCCCCCAUCCCCUUCCCUGCUUCCCCAUGUCCCCUUCCCUGCUUCCCCAUGUCCCUUUCGCUGAUUCCUUCAUCCCCUUCCCUUCUCCCCCCAUCCCCUUCCCUUAUAUUCCCCCAUGUCCCCUUCCCUGCUUCCCCAUGUCCCCUUCCCUGCUUCCCCAUGUCCCUUUCGCUGAUUCCCCCCAUCCCCUUCCCUUCUUCCCCCCAUCCCCUUCCCUUAUAUUCCCCCAUCCCCUUCCCUGCUUCCCCAUGUCCCCUUCCCUGCUUCCCCAUGUCCCUUUCCCUAAUUCCCCCAUCCCCUUCCCUUCUUCCCCCCAUCCCCUUCCCUCAUAUUCCCCCAUCCCCUUCCCUGCUUCCCCAUGUCCCCUUCCCUGCUUCCCCAUGUCCCCUUCCCUGCUUCCCCAUGUCCCUUUCCCUGAUUCCCCCCAUCCCCAUCCCUUCUUCCCCCCAUCCCCUUCCCUCAUAUUCCCCCAUCCCCUUCCCUGCUUCCCCAUGUCCCCUUCCCUGCUUCCCCAUGUCCCCUUCCCUGCUUCCCCAUGUCCCUAGAGCUGAUUCCCCCAUCCCCUUCCCUUCUCCCCCCAUCCCCUUCCCUUAUAUUCCCCCAUGUCCCCUUCCCUGCUUCCCCCCACGCCCUUCCAUGCUUCCCCCCAUCCCCUUCCCUGCUUCCCCCCAUGUCCCCGUCCCUGCUUCCCCCCACGCCCUUCCAUGCUUCCCCCUAUCCCCUUCCCUUUUCCCCCCCAUCCCCUUCCCUUAUAUUCCCCCAUCCCCUUCCCUUCCCUCCCAUGUCCCCUUCCCUGCUUCCCCCGUGUCCCUUCUCUGCUUCCCCCCAUGUCCCCGUCCCUGCUUCCCCCACACGCCCUUCCAUGCUUCCCCCCAUCCCCUUCCCUGCGUCCCCAUGUCCCAUUCCCUGCUUCACCCCAUCCCCAUUCCAGGUUCCCCCCAGCCCCUUCCCUGCUUUCCCCCAUCUUUCUCUGUGCUUCCCCAUGUCCCUUUCCCUGAUUCCCCCCAUCCCCAUCCCUUCUUCCCCCCAUCCCCUUCUGUUUUAUUCCCCCAUCCCCUUCCCUGCUUCCCCAUGUCCCCUUCCCUGCUUCCCCAUGUCCCUUUCGCUGAUUCCUUCAUCCCCUUCCCUUCUCCGCCCAUCCCCUUCCCUUAUAUUCCCCCAUGUUCCCUUCCCUGCUUCCCCAUGUCCCCUUCCCUGCUUCUCCAUGUCGUUUUCGCUGAUUCCCCCCAUCCCCUUCCCUUCUUCCCCCCAUUCCCUUCCCUUAUAUUCCCCCAUCCCCUUCCCUGCUUCCCCAUGUCCCUUUCCCCCAUCCCCUUCCCUUCUUCCCCCCAUCCCCUUCCCUUGUAUUCCCCCAUCCCCUUCCCUGCUUCCCCAUGUCUCCUUCCCUGCUUCCCCAUGUCCCCUUCCCUGCUUCCCCAUGUCCCUUUCCCUUCUUCCCCCCAUCCCCUUCCCUUAUAUUCCCCCAUCCCCUUCCCUGCUUCCCCUUGUCCCCUUCCCUGCUUCCCCAUGUCCCUUUCCCCCAUCCCCUUCCCUUCUUCCCCCCAUCCCCUUCCCUGCUUCCCCAUGUCCCCUUCCCUGCUUCCCCAUGUCCCUUUUGCUGAUUCCCCCAUCCCCUUCCCUUCUCCCCCCAUCCCUUUCCCUUAUAUUCCCCCAUGUCCCUUCCCUGCUUCCCCAUGUCCCCUUCCCUGCUUCCCCAUGUCCCUUUUGCUGAUUCCCUCAUCCCCUUCCCUUCUCUCCCCAUCCCCUUCCCUCAUAUUCCCCCAUGUCCCCUUCCCUGCUUCCCCAUAUCCCCUUCCCUGCUUCCCCAUGUCCCCUUCCCUGCUUCCCCAUGUCCCUUUUGCUGAUUCCCCCAUCCCCUUCCCUUCUCCCCCCAUCCCCUUCCCUUAUAUUCCCCCAUGUCCCCUUCCCUGCUUCCCCAUAUCCCCUUCCCUGCUUCCCCAUGUCCCCUUCCCUGCUUCCCCAUGUCCCUUUCCCUGA